AUGUGGUCCAAAAUGACUUUUGACAUGAGUUUUCUCCACCUUUUUUAUAUUUCUACAGACAUCGUGUUUUUCCUGGUGCUUGGACCCUGAGGCAAGACAGUCCCCCAGUCCCCCGCCAAGAGACCUGUGAGGCACAGUGGCAGUUUGAUGCCUCCUCUUUCUACACAUUCAUGAAGCUCAUUGGAAGCUCCACCCACCUGCAGAUAAAAGCCAAGCCCCUGAGCAGAGCUGCUGUUCAGCGUCCGUCCCAAACUCCUCAAAGCUUUGUGAUACUUUCACCCUGCAGCAGCAGCAGCACACGCACACAAAGGGCCAGCAGGACUGCAGCUAACACCUGGCUGUUCCUCCCGUGCAUGGCCGCCGUCCAACUCGCGCCCUGGAAAAGAGCCGGAAAAAAACGACCUAAAGUGAGGAGAAGGAGAGGCGAAACCAGACGGAGGAGGAAAUCUGAAAAAAAUGGCAGCUGUACCCCUCCACACUUUCUAUGUACUCAUCACCGUGUUCCAGCUGUGCUUAUUACACCAGGCCAACUGCGGGGCUUAUUACGGACCUAAACAGCCCCCUCCGCAGCCCCCGCCCCAGCCCCAGCCCUUGCCACAGUAUAACGAUGGGUUUCCUCAGCAGCAGUUUUUGGGGAACGAGAUGCCACACCUGCCUUAUGGCCAAGAAGGGCCAUUACAGCCUCAGUAUGGGAAAGAGCUUCCUCCACUGCCUUUACAAAAGGGCAUAGAGAGGCCUCUGAGUGCAGGCAAAGGCCAAACAUUCUUCAGAGGGGCGAAAGGCCCUCCUCCAUCCCGUGCUGUUGAAGGUCUCAGAGAGGGACCACAAGGAAUUCAGGGCCCCCCAGGACCACAAGGCCCCCAAGGGCUGCCAGGCCAGGCAUUGCCAGGGCUACCAGGAAAGCCUGGCCCGCCCGGUCCUCAAGGAUACCCAGGACUCGGUAAACCUGGCAUGCCAGGAUUGCCAGGAAAACCCGGAGGGCCUGGAUUACCAGGACCUAAAGGUGACCUUGGUUCUAACGGUGGUGGAGGACCAUCUGGACUUCCUGGGCCUCCUGGGCGCCCAGGUCCACCUGGACUCCCAGGGAUUUCAAAACCAGGAGGUCAGGGGCUGCCAGGCCAGCUGGGUCCUCUAGGGGGACCUGGCCAUAAAGGUCCACCUGGGCUUCCUGGUCCUACAGGUCCCAAGGGAGACAGAGGAUACGGUCAACCUGGUUUACCAGGUUUGAAAGGCCCUAGUGGACCACCAGGUCCACCUGGAAAUGCGGGCGGCCCCGGGAUCGGCAAACCAGGCUUGAACGGUGUCCCCGGACAACCUGGAAUACCAGGAAAAACCGGUCCUCCUGGAGAGUCAGGACUGGCAGGGCCACCUGGUGAAAGAGGCCAACCGGGACCAUCAGGCUUGCCAGGAGUUGGAAAACCCGGAAAGGAUGGUUUUAGAGGACAGCCAGGCCCCCCCGGAGGGAAAGGCGAAUCUGGCCCUCCCGGUUUACCAGGGGGUCCAGGCAUGCCAGGUUAUGGUAAACCAGGGUUUCCGGGACCCAAGGGUCACAUUGGACAUGGUGGUCUUCCCGGACCUCCUGGCCUCAAAGGAGACAAAGGUCACGGAGGUCUUCCAGGGGUUAUCGGUCCCACCGGUCCUAGUGGAAUGCCCGGCCCACCGGGACCAAUAGGGACUCCUGGUAGUCUCGGGUUCCCGGGGCAAAAGGGAGAGGAUGGAUUUGCGGGACAAAAAGGAAAUCCAGGAACAAAGGGUGACACAGGCCCCCAUGGUCUACCGGGACAGCCAGGUUUGUCAGGCGGGGAAGGACAACCAGGGUCGAGAGGUUUUCAAGGGCCUAUCGGCCCUAAAGGAGAAGCCGGUGUUAGGGGUUCACCCGGUACCUCUGGCGGUGCAGGGUUAACUGGACCAAGAGGAGAGGCGGGGCAAACUGGAGGGAAAGGCUACCAGGGACCACAAGGUAUCCCAGGGCUUACAGGACCAGGGGGACCACUCGGACCUCCCGGGAUGCCGGGGCAAAAAGGUGAAACGGGCCUACCAGGUAAACCGGGCUAUUCUGGUGAAGGAAAGCUAGGACCCGCCGGUCAUUUUGGUCCUCAAGGUAACCCCGGGCCAAGCGGCCCACCCGGACUUCCAGGACAACAGGGCCAACCCGGACCCCCCGGUCCUCCGGGGCUGCCCGCCACAUCUCCUGACAUCGGACAGAUCCUCCCCGUGACCGGCCCGUACCCUGGCACAAAACAAGGUUACAAGAAAAACGGAGGCGACGUAGGCGGAAACGGCGUCGAGAUGCCCGCGUUCACAGCAAAGCUCACUACUCCGUUCCCGCCUGUAGGAUCUCCCGUCAUCUUUGACAAACUCCUGCACAAUGGAAAUCAGAACUACAACCCCCAAAAUGGUGUUUUUACCUGUAGCGUACCGGGGGUCUACUAUUUUGCUUACCACGUCCACUGCAAAGGGGGUAACGUGUGGGUAGCACUGACGAAGAACAACGAGCCAGUAAUGUACACGUACGACGAAUACUCAAAGGGCUUGCUGGAUCAGGCAUCGGGGAGCGCAGUCCUCCCGUUACGACAGGGAGACACGGUGCACAUGCAGCUGCCGUCCGACCAGGCCUCGGGACUUUACGCCGGUCAAUAUGUCCACUCUACGUUUUCCGGCUUCUUAUUGUACCCGAUGUAAAAAAUGGCAACAAGAAUGACACAUUCAUGAUGAUUUUCACCAUGUUUGUAGUAAAACUACUAUAGUCUUAAAGGUACCAUGUGGGUCUGGGUAAAAGGUUUACAAUCAGUGUCGGCAGGAUACAUGUUUGAGAUAAAGUAACAACAUACUCCAUUGGAUUUGUCUUUGCAUUUCAUUCAUGACAUUCACCAACGGAGCCUGUUAAAGUUGUGCGGUUAUUGAACGACGACCAGAGUAUUUCCAUUGUAUAAAUACAUCUGGUCCUCGUCUCGUAUAUCCAAGAGGUGUCGGAGAACAGCGGUAAAAAAUGAACCUCAAAAUAUGUCGAUCGUCAUAGUUAUCGUACGUUUACAUUGUGCAUUUAUUCUUAUAUCCAUCUACACACAAUAUAUCAGUGUUCUCGUCAGGGCCUGGCAAUUCCUGAAGGAGUAAGGCUUCAAGUGGUAUUAACUUUCCUCUCAUUUUUCGCUGCAUACUGGGCACAUAAGAACAUAUCGGUUUUGAUGUACAAUGACUUCACUUGGGUAAUCAUACAAUUAUUAAGUUAUUGAAAGUCUUUUUAUGUUAGUUUGAGAAAUGUUAAGGUAUUAAUUUGACAGUAAAAUAAGAAGAACUAUGUGGUAAUUGUUUUAUUCAAUUUCAUAUCCUCUCUGUUUGUCCAAAGGCAGAAGAAAUAUCCUGGAUUAUUUGCUUUUGACCAAUCCAUGUCAUGAUUUGUGUUAGUCUUUUGUCUGACAUCAGUUCUUUAAAAGGUUUUUGUCACUUUGUCAGUACUCUCUGUAAUUUAUUUGUUUGACUACUGAGUAUUUGGGAUUGUAUUAAUUUGUGUGUUGACAUUAAAUGGUGGAAUUAAUUUGAAGAUGCAGAUCAUAAAUGUUCUGUGGCCAAACAUAAAACAAAAAUAUAAAUAUAUAUAUUUUCCAUACCCAAUCAAAUCAUUUGUCAGUUUAUUUUUUUAUUUGUCCUUUAUUUCUUUAAACUGUGCCUUUUUUUUUUUACGUCAUUCUUAUUUUUUCUUACCUACUUUAAUUUCAGUUGGACAAUGGUGAGCAUUAAAUGGGAAACUGCCUUGAAUAUGUGAAUUGUGUUGCUUUGAUUGAAAAUUGUUCAAAUAAAAAAACAUUUGUCCCGACAA